GAUCCCAGCUUCCGGUGAAAGAGGAGAAGUGUCUCAUACGAUUACUCUGACCAGGCCCAUCGUUACUCACCCGUAGAUAGCCGAACGGGUUUUUUUGAUAAUAGCGAUGGGCUUGUGAUCGUCCACAAGUCACCUAAUCAACUUUUUUGAGAAAGUAGGAGACGUCGCCGCGGACGCCGUUUUGAGCAGGCGACGCACCGUCAGAGCUACAGGUUUAAACGUUACCCGCGACUGUCAGCCAGCUAGUUAGCCAGCUAAAGACGCAGCUAGCUUUUCGCCAACCAAGCACCUCUAAAUUAGAUCCUGGUGUCUGUUUCAAGAUGUCAACUGCGGGGUUCAACUCUCAGAAUGGGACAGGGACAGGGCAGGCGUACGCGAAUGGUCCAUCACAGAAUCCAGUUGCCCUGCAGCAGCCACCGGGGGUUAGUUAUGGGAUGACUCAUCAACCAACAUACAAUCCAAUGCAGGCCAAAGCUCCCGCACCCCCUGGCCCUGGACUUUACCCUGCUGGGCCAUACCAGCCUGUUCCCCCAGUUAGCUCAUAUCAACCAGGCCCACCACCCACUUCCUACCCAUCCUCUCCAGGCCAUCCGCUGUUGCCCAGACCUCCAAUGGGUGGUCAUCCAUCUCAUACCCCCCCUCAGUCUGCCAGCCCCAGCCCUGGUCCUAGAAUUCCUCCUGGACAGGCAACACCCCCGCCUCCUGCUGUGUCUUCUAGUAGCUACUACCCCAACCCUCAGCAGCCCAUGGCUCCAACAUGGCAGUACAACACACCUACCCCACCACUGGGGCCAGCCACUUCCAUUAGUGCACCUCCAGUGGGACCUGUGGCAAAUCAUGUGAAUCCAGCUGCAAGCUUAUCAGGGCCAUCCCCACCAUCAUCAUCAGCUUACAGCUCAGGACCACCACCGCCCAGCAUCUCCCACAGCGCCACCCAACCCCCAGGCCCAGGGAUGCCUCCCACCUCUCGGCACGGAUAUACUCAGCCAGGUGUUGCACCUCCACCAAUGAAUCCCAUGGCUCCCCACACAUACCAAGGCCAGCCGAGCAGGCCUGCUUAUGGGACUUCACUUACAGGCCCACCACCUUCAGGCCCACCACCAACAAUGAAACCCACACCGCCUCCCACUGGACCCCCAGUGGCUAAUGCCACACCUCCACCACCUAAAGCAGAUGCUCAGUGCGGGGACGUUGUUAACAGCACUCUUUCCCCCACUGAUCCAGACAGCCAGGAAGGGGAUAUUGAAUGUCCAGGAGCUGUGGCUGGCAAUGGCCCACAAGCACCAAACAGCUAUAAUCAUCUUGACAACAAAAUGGCUGGUCCGACUCCGACUGGACCGCCCGGUCGGCACUUGGGUCACUACCCGUCCCUCCCUCCUGGGUACCAGAACACCUCAGCUCCACACGCCACCCCUCCCAUGCACCCUGCGAUGCAAGCCGCCACGCAGCCUUACACUCAAGCACCUCAGCCAUACCAGCAGCCACCUGGUGGCCCAGGGCCAGCUCAGCUGAGCCCAUCAUUAGCAGCCAUGAGCCUCCAGUCCAGCACCCCGGAGGCCCUGAGAGUAGUCAACCUCCUGCAAGAAAGGAACCUGCUGCCACCAACCCCAAUCCCUGCCCCGACACCCUGCCUCACCCAGGACCUGCAGAAACUCAACUGCAGCCCAGAAGUUUUUCGCUGUACACUGACCAGCAUCCCUCAGACCCAGUCUCUGCUCAAUAAAGCCAAGAUGCCGUUGGGCCUGCUGCUUCACCCCUUCAAAGACCUCUCGCAACUUCCUGUUGUGACAUCCAGCACCAUUGUAAGGUGUCGGUCCUGCAGAACCUACAUCAACCCCUUUGUGUCUUUCCUGGACCAGAGAAGGUGGAAGUGCAACCUGUGUUAUCGGGUUAAUGAUGUUCCAGAGGAGUUCAUGUACAACCCAGUCAGCAGAUCAUAUGGAGAACCACAUAAAAGACCUGAAGUCCAAAAUGCCACCAUUGAGUUCAUUGCUCCUUCAGAAUACAUGCUGAGGCCACCGCAGCCUGCUGUUUACCUCUUUGUUCUGGAUGUAUCCCACAAUGCAGUGGAGACAGGCUACCUAAAUGUGUUCUGUCAGUCACUGCUGGACAACAUCAAUUCACUUCCAGGAGACUCACGGACAAAGGUAGGCUUCAUCACCUUUGACAGCACCAUCCACUUUUACAACCUCCAGGAGGGACUUUCCCAGCCUCAGAUGCUAAUCGUGUCUGACAUAGAAGAUAUCUUUUUACCAACACCAGACAGCCUUCUAGUAAACCUCAAUGAAUGCAAAGAGCUUGUGCAGGAUCUGCUGAAGAGCUUGCCAAAUUUAUUUGAGAAGACGAUGGAGACCCAGUCCGCCCUGGGUUCAGCUCUGCAAGCAGCCUUUAAGUUGUUGUCCCCCACUGGAGGACGCAUGUCUGUGUUUCAGACUCAGCUGCCUAACCUCGGUGUGGGGGCACUGCAGUCAAGAGAGGACCCCAACCAGCGGGCAUCUGCCAAGGACAUCCAGCACUUAGCCCCAGCGACAGACUUCUACAAGAAGCUGGCUCUGGACUGCUCCGGCCAGCAGGUGGCUGUUGAUCUGUUCCUGCUCAGCGCUCAGUACUGUGACCUGGCAUCUCUCGGCUGUAUAUCCAGAUAUUCAGCAGGGAGCGUUUACUACUAUCCAUCCUACCACCACCAGCAUAACCCAGCUCAGGUUGAGCGCUUCCAGAAGGAUCUGAAGAGAUAUUUAACCAGGAAAAUUGGUUUUGAGGCCGUCAUGAGGAUACGCUGCACCAAAGGUCUGUCCAUCCACACGUUCCACGGAAACUUCUUUGUGCGCUCCACAGAUCUGUUGUCCCUCCCCAACGUCAACCCAGAUGCUGGCUUUGCUGUUCAGAUGUCCAUCGAGGAAAACCUUGAUGACAUGCAGAUUGUCUCUUUCCAGGCUGCACUUCUGUACACCUCCAGCAAAGGAGAGAGGAGGAUCCGCGUGCACACUUUGUGUCUUCCUGUGGUUAAUUCUCUGUCAGAUAUCUUUGCUGGGGCAGAUGUUCAAGCCAUCACUGGGCUGUUGGCUUGCAUGGCUGUGGAUCGUUCAGUGACAGCCAGUCUGAGUGAUGCAAGAGAUGCAAUGACCAAUGCUGCCAUUGACUCGCUGAUGUCUUACCGGCAGUCUGUGUUGACAGUCCAGCAGCCCGGCCUGCUGGCUCCGGCCUGCCUCAGACUCUUCCCGCUCUACAUCCUCGCCCUGCUCAAACAGAAAGGCUUUAGGACAGGCACCAGCACCAGGCUGGAUGACCGGGUGUUUGCCAUGCUUCAGCUGAAGUACCAGCCACUGGCCUACGCCAUGCUGAUGAUCCAUCCUGCUCUGUACCGUGUCGACGACCUGACUGAUGAGGGUGCUUUGAACAUCAAUGAGCGGACCAUCCCUCAGCCCAGACUGCUGCAGCUGUCUGUAGAGAAGCUCAGCAGGGAGGGAGCUUUCCUCAUGGAUGCUGGAACUGUGAUGUAUUUGUGGAUUGGACGAAACUGCCACCCCAACUUCCUCACACAAGUCCUAGGAGUUCCAAGCUAUGCAGCCGUGCCUGAUAAUCUGUAUCUGCUCCCAGAACUGGAUACUGCCGAGUCGCAGAGAACCAGAGCUUUCAUUGGUUGGCUGAGAGAUCAGAGGCCGUUCUUCCCCUCCCUGCAUAUCAUCAGGGACGAGAGCCAGCUGAAAGCCAGCUUUAUGCAAAACAUGAUCGAGGACCGAACAGAGUCGGCCCUGUCGUACUACGAGUUCCUUCUCCACCUCCAACAGCAAAUCUCCAAAUAAUCUUCAAUGAGGCGGCAGAGACGAGGGAACACUGAAGCAAGGAUGUGCAUAGGUGUAUGUGUGCGCGUAUAUAUGUAUAUUGUGUGAGUGCGUGUAUGUGUGCGAGUGAGCAGCAAAAGCAGUGAGACCGCACUCAAGGUUGCUGCUUGGUCCAUCUUCCGCUGCGGUCCAUCCCAUCUCUGAGGAAAACCGGAGCUGAACUUACUUAAGGCAUCAGCCCAAUCAUGUUAUGUGACGAGGAUGUGAUAAGUAAAUUGAUUCUGAUGCUUAGUGGGCACUUUUUAACCCUGCUGAAGAAAGCAAGAAAUCCAGAAUGAUUAUUGUGUCAAUGAUCGAACGAAUCAGUGUUUAUGCUCACAGAACAAUGCUGUCUAACUGAGGCAUCACUCAGAAACAGUGCAGGAAAACAGAUGUGUGAAGUGUUUUUUUUUUUUUUGUUUGUUUGUUUGUUUUUUCCUUAGGUUCAAAAAAAAAAAAAA